CAUCUUUAUGCACAUUUCAGAUACUUUGUGAAAUUGUAAGUAAACUAAGGACAGACGUAUUUGCUAUGGAGGCCGAUUAUUAUUAGACUACCAACAAUUUUCUAUUGAGUAGUCACAAGUAGAAACAUUUUCUUACACAUCUCAGAUAAUAAAAUCAAACUACGCUUCAUUUUGUAUUGUGCUUUUUUCCAAGAUGUGCCAAGUCUGUCUGUGGACCAACAGGAAAUUGUUGCAUUUGAAGGAGGAAGUGUGACUGUUAUAUGCCGCUAUAAAAAUGACAGAGUAACAGCAUGGUGCAGGCUGAACAACACCUGUGUGACUGCGAAAGAUCAGACUGGAACAAUAGAUGGUACAACAGUGACUAUCAAUCAAAGUGUCCCCGAUGUUUUCAAUGUGACUAUGAGUGAAUUGAAGGCAGACAGCAUAAACUGGUAUUUUUGCAAAAGGAAAAACCUCCAGAUACCAGUACACAUCAGUGUUCAUAAAUUAACCUCAACUACCACAAGUACUACGACUACUACAAGUGCUAUGACUACUACAACUACAGCAGAGACACUUCCAACCACUCCCCAGCAUUCCUCAUUGCUUACGAGUGCAGAGACACAUACAGCUCAGCCAACAAACCCAACCAUCAACGGGACAGGUGGAGACAGCCUGCAAGCUGAACACAAGAUUUCCACAAGGGCGAUGAUUCUCAUCACCUCCCUCACUCUUUCCCUCUUCCUGCUUUUACUUGUUCCUGCUGCCUUUUUUGGUUGGAGGAUGAUGAGACGUCGUCAUGCCACACCUGAGGGGGCUCACAUCCCAGCGGACUCACAAACUGGGAGUGAUCCUGACGUACACUACGCCACCGUUGUUCAUAAUCAACAUGUAGCAGGCCAGAACAAGAUUGAACCAGCAGAAGGCAGUGUGAUCUACAGCACACUGCAGAUUAAAAUGCAAUGAGCAGAAAAGAUGGAGGACAGAAUGGCAACACUGAUUAGGUCGUUUAGCUGUGCACUUAUUUUACAUCAUUGUUGAUAAAUCAAUCAAUCCUGCAGUCUGUAGUGAGUAAAACUAUGUUGCAAAACCAAAAGCAUAUUUAAACAUGCAUAAUUCAGGAGGGUAAUAGUAGUACAAGACUGCUUUGUCAAGACUCUGUGGUUAAAUGUGUGAUAUGUGACAGUUUGUUCUUGUAUACAAUACUUUGUCUCUUGGAAAGGCCUUACCAACCACUGAGCUGACAUCUAACCACUAAAGACUAUGAGUCAUGAGCAACCUUAACUAUAUAACAUAUAUUAUAACAUAUGCAACUUUAUUCAGGUUCUAUCAAUUACAUCUGCAAUACAUCGUGUUUUAUACAGUUCGUUUGCUUGGGGCGUGGUGUAAUAUUUGGCAUCAUUUAGAAAGGGCUGAUUCAAUAUAUGCAUGAAAGAACAACAAAUCAUCAUUCAUUAUUGUAUUAUUCUAAUUAAAGGGGGAAAAAAAACAAUUUGUAGUGUCUCAGAAUGAAUUUGUCACAACAAGCCUCCAGAGCAGCUUCAGUGCUCCUUUGCAAGAUGAACACCAUUCCUCCACACAAUGCUGACCUUUGUUUACCAUAUAUGGCCUAUACUGUUUAACUAUUGCA